UAUUCGAUUAUGAUGAUAUUUAUUUUCCGCUUUUUUACAUUACAAUUGUGUAGUAUCCAAAUGUAUCGACGACAUCAAAAAUCCCUAUAGAAUAAGAAGAGUUCUAUAAUGUUAAGAAGCACGAAGUGUAUCCCAAAUGAUUCUAACCUUUGUUACGUGCAUGCUUACAGUAUUACGAACUGUUGAGUUUCCUUAUUGACAAUCGUACGUAAAGUGUUUCAAAAGUAAUCUCUAGCACAGGAAAAGGAAAAGGAGAAAAAAAGAAACAUUCGCAAAUGAAUAUGCCCGUAUUUAUAUGAAUUUAUUAUAAACAUAACAAACAUUUUAUCCCAUAAAAUAUGGUAUUUUUUGAAGUGACAGACAGGAAAUAUUAAUCACCGCGAAAGAUUUCAACAUUAAUACUGACACCUAUAUAUUGUAUUACAUUGAAGAGUAUGUCAGGAAAAGGUAAACAAAGUUCUAAGAAAGCUGUUGGCAAGGUACGCGAGUGUGUAAAAACUGCAGAAACAUCUGUGCUUAAUGCCGACAUGAGUCCAAGCGGAACAGAAUCUAUAAUGUCAAUACCUAUUUUAAAGAUAUCUGACAAUAGUCGACUUCUUCCAAGAUACGCCAGUGUCUUACAGCGUACAACAGAAGAUAGCGUGGGUAUGGAAGAUUUGGAUGCUUUACAAUUAGAACUGGAAACCUUACUUUCGUCUGUCGUAGUAAGACAUAGAAUGCUUCAGGAUGAAAUAGCGAGUUUAUCUUCGGCCGAAGAACGUAGGGAUAAAAGAUCUAAAAGUGGGAAAGGUUUAUCGCUUCUUGAUAGAAAAGUUAGAGAAGAAAAAUUUAAGCCUAAGGAAAUAAGCACUAAAACUCAAACUUCAAUAUCUACUAAACUUGUAAAACAAAAAACAUCUGGAAAUUUAGGAAACCAAGCAAUUCCAAAUAUACAUGAUAUAGGAAAGAUCGAAGGAUCUAAAUCUGAUGCUCCAAAAUUAUUAUUGCCAAAGAAUGAUACGCCUAAUAAAUUUUGGGCUUCCGUAGAUCCGUAUUGCACCGACAUUAUGCCGGAUGAUAUUAAAUUAUUGGAAGAAUUAAUUGUAAUGCACAGCGAUCUAAGCGAAUAUAAAAAGAUCCCACCGUUAGGUCGUCACUAUAGUUUACUUUGGGCGCAUAAUGAUUUAUUGCAAGAGGAGGAUGCAGCUAAUCCAAACAGAGAGAAAAAAAAAGGUCGUACGGACGUGUCUCUUUUGGUCCCUAAAGGAGAUAAGAAAAUGAAUGGAAUUGCUGGUCCUUUAACCCAAAGGCUUGUUUCUGCCUUACUAGAGGAAAAUGUAUAUGUCGCAAAUAAUAAUACAGAUAACAAAUUAUUUAGAAAUAAUGAUCCUCCAGUGCUUAGAGAUUUAACGAUACAAAAUUCAAUGAAUUUGGAAAUAAGAAUGCACAAAGAAUUAAUAGAACAAGGCAUACUGGAUUCGGAUGGGCAGAAAAAAAAUCAAGACGACGACGAGAUACUUACUGAAAUCAAAAGAUGUCAACAAGAACUCUCCGCUUUGUCUAAUCACAAUGUCACGCAGCUAAAGAGGCUGUUAAACCUUGCACAGGAGGAGAGUAAACGACAGGCACUUAAAAGAAGAAUUACUGCGGCAGAUAAUGAAGUGAUAGAAAAUUAUAAAAAAUUAAUCCUUUCUAAACAAAGAAAAAUACCAUUAACCAAGAAGGAACAAGAAAAGGCUUGGAUGUGUUUACGCGAAAGAGAGAACUUAUUGAAUCAACUUAAUAUGCUACCACAAAACAAUCUUGAUACUUUGAGUUUUUCUAAUAGUUCAGUUUAAUUGUCUAUGAACUUGAUAUAAUAUAUCGAAAAAAGACCACUUGUAAAUUUAUUGCUCAUGAUGUACACAAUACACUCUUUAUUCAAUCAUAAUACAUUUUAUAAAUAAUUCAUAA